AUGUUUGCCAUCAAUCCUGCUACCAACAUCUUGAACAACUCCAUCGACUCCCGAUCGUUAGGAGUGCAUCAGUACUCGGAAUGGCGUGAAUGGGCCAUGGGUAGCGCCCGUCGCCAUAGUCAACAAGACCUGAUGUCUGAGCACGUUGAUGCGGCUCAAGAGAGACACAUGUACAUUCCCAGUCGCUUGGCUCUUCAAAAGCCCCCUGCUCUGUCGCCCUAUCUUGGCCCUGAAGAAAUGGUAUCACGAGUGGUUUCCUUUUUCCAGAGCGUUCACAACAGCCACGUGCUUCGCCAGCUUCAGAUCGAAGAAGGAGAGCCCUUCCAAUCUUAUCAAUUCAAUAACUACCCUCCAACUGCAGCAGCCCCAGCAGCAGCAGCCGCCACUCUUCCCCAGCAUUGCGAGAACGGCUUUGAUGACAGCUUUUCUUCCAGCACUAGCAACCACGAGGAUAAUUGCUGCAUUACUGAAUUGGGACAAUCGACCAGUUUCUUGCGGGAACAAGAAAAACUCUGGAAUCGAGUCAAGGAACAGCAACAGCAGAAGCAACCUGUCAUUCCUGACUGGCUUCACGAUGUGGCUCGACAAGAGGGACGACGAAUCCGGGUUGUCACGGUUGACAGCAACACAGAAACACGAACAGUCACCUGCAUUGGAUGUCAGAAGCGAAUGUUGGCAGCAGCCAAUGUUCAGAUUGUCUUUUGCCCUGAAUGCGGGCUGACAUUCUGCCCCGAAGCGCUAGCUGCAGAAUAG